CGUUAUAGUAGCUUACAUACUUAUCUACGCCAGAAUUGUUGCACUUAAACACUGAGUGUGAGAGUGUGCACACCAGUAGAGUGACGUAAGCAAUCGAUCUGUAGCUAGACAGCUGAGUAUAGUAUGGACCUAUUUCUGUACAGUUGUACGUGUGGUAUUUCAUGGUUCAUAUUCUAAGGAAUUGUUGAAACGUGUCACCGCGAGGACAGGACUUUAUUAGGACACUUCAUACGUGAAGGAGCGAUCGGAACAACAGCAAGAAGUACCUCUCUGCUGUGCGACGUUGCAUGGACACAUUAACUGUGAGUCACUUAAAUAGAGUGAGGAUUUGUGGGAAUAUCGCCAAUCAUCAAGAUGUCGGGCAAUUCAAAUCUGAAAAAUGAAAGUCCAAAUAUCCGACCAUCGAGAAAGAAUAAUAACAACGUGGAAGAUGUGGUGUCCUUGGAAAUGACGCACCUCUUUAUGUUGGGGCUUAAGCGGAACAAACAAGCAAAGGAAGGCUUCUCUAUGAUAGACCUUAUCAACACACAGCUCACUCAAACAAGGAUAAAGCAGAUUGAAAGAAUUGAGCAGACACUUCUUUGUCAGUGUGCAGAAAUAAGCAGCAGAUAUAAAAAUACACAUAUAGAUGACCUGGACGCUUUUUGUACCCAAACAUUCAGGUUGGCUUUGUUUAAAAAAGAAUUAGUUAACAAUAACAUCGAUGUUCAUGAGAGUUUAACCAAAUUUGAUGAGGAAGAGGUUGCAUCUUAUGAGGUAGUUAGAUGCUCUUUAGAUGUAACGGUUGCUAACAAAGGGGAGAAUUUUGACGAACUAAACAAAAGGCAACAGCGACGUCGCCUGACACAGAUCAAGAAUCGAUCACAGAAGAGUCUUUCUUUUCUGGCGGAGUACCGGCUUUCACCCAAAGACCUAGUCAUGACCUCGCCGAUAGGCACAGAGUACAGGGUUUGCUUUGAUGCAGAUGGCCAGAAACGCUUGGAGCCCGAGAACCUCCGCACUCUUGUUGGUCUCAUGGACAGGUUUUGUGUAAGUGAAGCUGCUUAUCACGAACUUGCACAAUUGUAUCCGAACCUACCCCGCACGCAUACUGUCAUCAAUGCCCGCCGACAGAUGACCGCUACCCUCAACAUCGAACGAGUACCAGGCGAUGUCAACGGAGCACUGGUAAGCUUCAGAUGUGAACUUCACAAAAAAUUACAAGACGUCUUGAAAGAAAAUCCCGACCAGAAUAAAGUUAUGGUUCAGUUAAGCAUGGAUGGAACGCACGUCAGUCGCAUAUCCAACUAUGUGGUGUUUUCAUUUCGGUUGGUGGACAUGUCGGAUAGCUGCUCCGCUGACAGUAUUAAAACUCUGGCAAUCUUAAACUGCAGAGAAGACUAUAUUAAACUGAAAACUUCCUUGCAACCUUUAUUCGAAGAAAUUAACUCAGUAAUUGAAGAUGGCUAUGUGAAUGUAGAUGACAAAGCUAUAGGAGUUAAGAUUGUUUUCUGUGCUGACAUGAAGAUGAUCCUGACAAUUCUUGGACUGGGAGGAAUCUCCUGCAAUCACGCCUGUGUCUGGUGCUUGAUGCACAGAGGUGACAGACACAACAUGGAACAUCCACUGGACUACUUCAACAGCGACGACAUGAAGAGGAACUGGCAACAAAUGACAGAACAUGCUGUGAAAUGUGAGUUUGGGGUACAACACACUCCUCUCUUGAAAAUAGAAGUGGAGGACUAUGUACUAGAUGAGCUACAUCUUCUGCUACGAAUUACUGAUCUUCUGGAGAGGAACCUGAUUGAUGAGGUAAAAACCCGAGAUGAAGAAGAAAGAACCUCGAAAGGACAACCUACACAUAUGGACAAACUUGUCAAGUCCAUAAAAGACUGUGGAGUAUCUUUUUCGUUUUGGCAGGAUAAGGAAACCAGGAAACUAAAAUGGACGAGUUUGAAUGGUCAGGAAAAAAGAAAACUUUUGGCUAAACUCCCACAAACAUUAAAAGGGAAGCUUAGACCAAACACAGAGGAGAGAGUCUUAAGACUGUGGUCUUUGUUGUUUGUUAUACAUACCAAAAUCACAUCCCCCGAGUCUGUGGAUGCACAAGAAGUGUUUGAAUUAUCCAGAAAUUGGGUAAAAAUUUUCUUAUCACUUGACAAACACUUAUCAGGAUACAACGAAAGGAACAUAACUCCAUAUGUCCAUUGCAUGGUGUAUCACGUACCCUUCAUGAUACAAAAAUUUGGUACUUUGAGGUCGUUCAGCUGCCAAGCUUUCGAGAAGCGCAAUGAUGUGAUUAAGAAGAUACAUCAGCGGAAAUCAAACAAAUGGGACCCCACUGUUGAAGCUCUUCAGAUCUGCAAACGCAUGGAAGAAAGCUCCAAGUCUACACGAGACAAGCGUCAAUACAUAAAGAGAAAACCUGAGUACUGGAACGAGGAAAUCCAACAAAACCGACGUGCGAAGCGAGCAAAACUAGAUCUGAUAAACUGCCAACCUGUUGAAGCAGUUGUAUUGGAGAGCAUGAAUGAACCGGAAUUGAGAGACUAUAUUGAGGGAAAGGGUAUCAAAACCAAAGCCAGAAGUCGGGGCUGGCUUCUGAAAGAGGCAAAGCGUCUUGAUAUAUAACUUUGUGACUGUCGCAUAUACUGUGACAGGCUUUGAAAGUGAUACAGUGAUUUCAAGCAAGUAUUCAGUUUCUAUUCAAGGACCAUUGUUAUUCAAUGUUCCUCUCGUGUGUCUAGUGGUAUUGUAUCAUUUGUAGGUCGCUCAAAGUCGCGCUUACUCGGCGUGUCUAGGCACGAACCAUUUCCCAGGGAAAUAGGCCUCUUGCACACGGUGUCUCGUAUUUAGAAUACUAACAGCUUUGACACAAAUGUCAUAUAAGUGGUGAAUACAAAAGUUGCUAAGAGGAUAUUUAAUAAGUUUAACUACUGGACCGCGUCAAUAUUACCUUACAUACAAUCACGUCCAUAAAACUGUCGCAUUUAUCACUUCGUUCAGAAUAGACUCUGAAUGUGUACACAAGUGCUUGAACGAUUUUGUAAAAUCGAAAUCGUUCUCAGGUCUGCAUGUCUAUGCACGAACGAUCGCGUCUUGAAUAUGUAUGUACAAAAUGCUUAUCUUAAUUAAUUACAGUCAGUCAUAAAUUCCCUGUCCUGAUUUUGUAAGAAAAACAAUAUCAAUAUAUCAGUGUAAGACACAUUUACAAGGAAGCAAUGCUAUAUAUUUUCGCCGGCUAUAUUUAACAUUUGACACUUAUUUUACCACGGUUACCGGACAUGUUAUUAAUCUUAGACUCACACCUCAAAUGUCACACGUUUCCUUAGCUAAUGGGGAAUGCAAAAAAGGCAUUUCAACAUUUUACAAAGCAUAAGGGACCUGAAUGAAAUUUAAAAUUAUUAUGAAUGAUAAAUAUAUGAGAGGUGCCAGUUACAUUUGCCCCUUGAUUAUAUAACCACGUGACUUAUUAUCUGACCCCCACGAUCUGCUCCUGUGUCACAAACCAGAAGUAUUGCCGAUAUCGUGAAGCUAAGGAUAUCCUUGAAUGUUUUAAGAACAGGACGAUCUUGUCAAAACAAUAUGUAUAAUAUUGAUAUUAUAUAAGUCAUAACAAGGCAAAUAUGUGACAGACAUAUUCGCUUGUUUCAUGAUUUUUUCAUGAUGUUUGACACAGACAAACGCCUUUGACUAUGCACAUGGGGAUUUAUCAUGGAUCACCCACUUAGAAUUAGGCGUCUGGAUGAAUAUCUACGAGCCAUCAGAUCAAUGUCAAUCAAGAUUGAAUACACUGUGCCAGUUAAGCAGUAUACAGUUGUUAUCCACCCUUUAUAGUCAGGUGUACAGCAAUGAUGUGUCCUUCCGCCUAUACCGUUUGCAAUGUGUAAGAGAGGAUCUUUUGAAUACAACCAAGGCUCAAGUGGUCGCGUGACAGCUACUGUUACGUCGAGGGGACAGGGAGAGGUGCGUGACGUAUCUCAGCUGAAAGUCGAAACCAUGUGUGGGCACGUGUGCGUAUUGUUCUGUACAGUAAAGCCUACUUCAAGCAAUCGCCCGCUCAAACAUGAUUGCCACGUCGUCUGUACAAUACUGUUACGCAAGCUGAGUGGCGGAACCAGAGGAGGGGGUGUGUGUGUCAGAAGUUAAUGUUUUGCAAUGGCGGAGUCAAGGUGGAGUUACACACACACACACACACACACACACACACACACACACACACACACACACACACACACACACACACACACACACACACACACACACACACACACACACACACACACACACACACACACACACACACACACACACACACACACUUUGAAAAUUUCUGGAUCCGCCUAGCUUAGCUUGUGUAUCGUUUAGAGAAUGUCACUGCAUAAAUAAUACAUGUGACUCACGAAACACACUUGUGCAGGUUUGACUAUGAACUAUAUUAGCGAAAGACGUAGGGUGCUUGUAAAACGCUCCAGUGCACUUGUCGAAAGGUGAUAUCUUCACGCGUUGGUUGGUUUGUUGUUGUUUAACCAAGUCAGCGAGCCUGACUACCCGAUCCCGCUAGUCGCCUUUUACGACAAUCAUGGGUUACUGAUCAUGAUCAAUUCUAACUCAGAUCGUCACAGGUCGAUAUCGUCACGGACUCUAAUUGAAUAUCUCAGUGUUAUGUUUUAUUUAUUUGUAUUUCAGUGUUGAUGUUUAUUACCUUUAAAUGUGUUUCAAUACAUUAUUCUUUUGAGUAAUUGGAGCAAGUUGAGUUUCAGUUUGAGUCACAUGGAAAAAACAGAUGCCAUUAAAAUGCUCUAUUCUGCUCGUGGACCAUGGUAUUAAUUCUAUUGCGUAUAGAUUUCUGCAUUAAUAUAUUGCUGUGGGGAUAGCCUCGCGGUUAACACUGAAGACUCUCAUGAACACGAUAUGUAACGCCUAUUUCUAGCGUCCCAUGCCGUUAUAUUGCUGAAAUAUUAGUACACUAAAAGAGGCGAAAGACCAUUGAAUUCUCACUCAUUCAAAUACAGGAGACACAGGUUUUGGCAACACAAGUAAACAAUACUGUCCCCAGCCAGCUUAUCGAUCUACCGACUGUUCAAUAUCUAUUGUACUGGCGACAUGCUUACCCUACGCUCGAUUAUUUGCUAAGCAAUACUGUCAACAGUCCGCAUAUUAUAGGAUAUUUAUGUAGCGCACGUAUCCACGCAACUAGUACAUGCUCAAGGCGCUGGUAUCGAUCCACCGAGUGAAUGAGUGAGUGAGUAACGAGUGAGUGAAGAGUGUGAAUUCUUACUGUCAAUCGAGUACUGCCAUGGGUGCAUAUUAUCAUCGUUGUAUUUAUUGCUAUUAUUACUGCUCUUGUAAUAUCUUGUGAACUUGGUUCAUUUUGGAAUACAGUUAUAAUUACUGCUCUUGUAAUAUCUUGUGAACUUAGUUCAUUUUGGAAUACAGUUGUUAAUUACA